AUGUCUCCUCCAAAAUCCUCGUCCUCCUCUGAAACUUCCUCCUCCUCGUAUGAAAUUCGCAGACCUAAACACGAUUUAAAGUGGUACCUAUCCUAUUAUCGAUACAAGUGCAAACAAUUGGUAAAAACAAAAUGGAAGCAUCUCCUUAUAUUAAGUUUAUGGAUUUCUCUCGGUUAUUGGUGCUAUCGGAACGAGUUUAUGACCGUCUACAUGAUCAUCACCAUGAUCGGCUUGAUUUUCUACAAUUUAGAUUGGAGAGAAAAAUCAAAGGAGGAACGAGAAUCCACGCUGAGUGCAUGGAGCGUCUUUAAUAAGGAUUUCAAAUCAAUUCCAGGAACAUUCACUGCUGAUGAUCAGUUGAGAAAUAUGACAGGAGGAGCAAUUAACACCAACAGCAAUGGAAGAAGGAAUUAA